GCUCCCUCACACACCGAUCCUCGUUCCUUCGACCUCCUCUCUCCUCCCUCCAUCAUCUCUCCGUCCCUUGUCGCCGAGGGAGGGCGUAAGGAGAGACAAGAAGACACGGAGAACAUUAUUUAGCUCAGAAAACUUUAGUAUUUGAAAACGCAUAACUGUUUCUUAGAUCAAAAGGAAAAGGAGAGUUUGGUGCGACAGCCUGGUUUGAAGAGCGACAGUUUUAGCGAACGAAGGUGGGAUUUGUGGUGCGUCUGUGUUUCUAAUUCCCUGCCAUGUCGCGUAUAGGCUGCGUUAUGAUCUGGGUAGGGAUGCUGUGUGUGGGUGUAGCAAGUGUGACGGCUAUUGACAGGGUAAAUGGUGUGGGACGUGCAAAAGUGGACGGUGGUGUAAAAACUACGUCCUUUGCCGCAACCCACGUCAACUUCCAGCUUCUUGAUUCCUGUCGGAGAUUGAGUAGUUUGUUACAAUUACUCAAAAGCGCCAUUGAUGACCUCCACGCUGUGCAGAGGACGGUCCGAUCUCAACGGAAAUUCCUGAGGAAAGAGGGGAGUGGCAAGGUGAAGGUGCGAGCCAGGCAGUGGGCUAAAAAACUGCAGCGUCGCCUUCUUCGUCUGUGUCCCCGCCAGACCGCGGCCUUGCUCACACCUGUCUCACGGGCGACACGCAAGCAGUGGGCGGUGGCUGGCGGGGAGUACCUCAGGGCCGUCGCUUUGCACGGAGAAAGACCAGCACGCGGCCUUCCCCUGCGUCGCCAGAAGCUCUCCCACCUACUCGAUAUUCUAAUGAGCCUCUUCUCUACUUCACAACAAAGCACAACUACAACACCCGCCUUUCCCAUUCCCGAAGGACAAGAAGAGAGCGUGCAGAUUGACAAUGGAUUAGAGGAGAGCGUGUUGGAGGAAGAGUCAGUGGUGAAGGACGCCGUGGAGGUGAUCGUGGGAGUGCAGGAGAUGCUGAGGGAGGUUCCUGAUGUCUUUCUUAGUUUAGCAUUGAGUCCUCGUCUGAUGCAGCGUGGAUGGCUCAACUUUAACACCAGCUCCCCUCGUCUGCUGGGCAUCGUCUCCGCCCUCUCCCCAGCCAUCCUUCGCGUGGGAGGCUCAGCGGCUAACUUCGUGACUUAUGACCCUCGUGACACACCUACGUCUGGAGAUAACGAAAACGGAGGUCACGGUGCUGGUGGACAAGAAACAGAAGGUCAGGAAGGUACCGCAGAUAAUCAAGAGGUAACUGACGAAGAGGGCUUUAGAAGUAGAUGUUACGACAGGGAGUUCUCCACACCAACUUUCACUAACUUCACUAUUACACGCGACGACUGGACGAGGCUGCUGCAUUUCUCUCGUGCCGUUGAGAUGCAGCUUCUUUUUGAUCUGAACCAGUUUUACCGCAAGCCUGACGGGAGCUGGGAUCCGUCCAACGCCCAUCUCCUUCUUCACGACGCCUGUUCUUGGGGCUUUCCUGUGGCGUGGCAGCUGGGGAAUGAACCUAACUCGUACAAGCACAAAUUUGGCAUCGUUAUGAGCGGAGAGCAGACAGCAAGGGAUUACGGAGUCCUGAGUAAGAUCCUGAAGGAGACAUGUCCCUCUGCCCCUCUAGCGGGUCCUGACGUGACGAGGCCAAAGAAGCACCAUGAUAAACGUCUCCGCUCCCGUCACCACCACCGUCACCACCGUCAGCGUCACAGCAACACCACACGCAGCUCUCCUGAAGGCGCUGCUGGUGUUGGAACAGAUGCCGUGGAUUAUCUGGAGAGUUUUCUGAAUGCUUCUACGUUUAAUCUGUCUGCGCUCACGUGGCAUCAGUACUACGUUAGUGGGCACGAGGCUGUGGUGGCUGACUUCAUGGAUCCAGACGUGAUGAACCAGCUGACUUGGCAGGUGGAGCAAGUCGUAGCAGUGAGAGACCGUCUUGCUCCUGGGCGACCUAUCUGGUUGACGGAGACUGGGUCGGCGUCGGGAGGAGGGGCGCCUGACAUGAGUGACACUUUCGUCGGGGGGUUUCUGUGGCUCGACAAGCUGGGCGUGGCUGCGGAAGGUGGCGUGGACGUGGUGACCAGGCAGACGUUGUACGAGUCUUGCUACGCCCUUCUUGACCCCGAUCUACAGCCCAACCCCGACUACUGGCUGUCUCUCCUGUAUAAGCGAAUAGUGGGGCGCCGAGUCCUGCGUGUACAUAUCGUAACACCACCACGCACCCUCCGCCUGUACGCCCACUGUCUCCACCCUCACGCCCAUGGAACCAACGAUACAGAAGGUGGCGUGGUGGUACUGGCAAUGAAUCUCGGCUCCAGGACCGUCAGUGUGAGGCUCCAGGAUGAGGUGGCGGCCUCUCCAGUGCUGCAGUACCUCCUUCAGCCCAGCGGUGGAGAUAUCCAGGCCAGGCAAGUUCUCCUUAACGGCAAUGAAAUUCAACUGGGGCCUGAUGGGGAGCUACCACCCCUGCCCCCAACUGUGCUGCUCCCCGGGCCCUUCUCUGUGCCUCCCGCCUCCUUUGGGUUUUGGGUCUUGCCUCGCGCCGUGCCCCCGCCUGCCUGUAGGAGAGAGGCAGGUAAGCAGUCGUCUAACAUUUUAUUUUGGUUUAUUUAUCUAUUUAGUUAUUCAUUUAUUGUUACUGGAGGAGGUAAAAGUUAACGCGGUUGUAGGGAGUUGCAUCUUCAUUGGAGGAGUGGAUGCGUGAGGUCAGAAAGGAGUGCGUAGAUGUGGGGAAGGCAGGGAGGCAGUGGGAGAUGGCGUGGGUAGCAAGGGAGUGGACGGUAGGAGGCAGUGUGGGUGUUCACUCGACGACCUAGUUAUAGAAAACGAGAGUAGGGAUCGGGGGUCUUGAGGCAGAGACAGUGUUGUUUGUGUUUACAGUAGAACAGCGCAAAACAGUGAUAAGAUGGGCAGUGCUGGUUUACUAUCGUGACGUCACGUGGGAGAUUCUGCCAUCUGGGAAGUGUCUAAGGCUACUGUAGCGAAGGGCCUUGGGUGAACGGAGCUCCCAUUCCUCGCGCUGGCAAAACAUGCCUUGUUUCAUAGGACACUCCCC